ACAUCGAUGCUGUGGGGACCGAAGGGGAGCCGGGUGCUCACCUCGUGGGGCUGGGGCCUUAGGGUUAUAUGGGCCCGUUCUUCUCGCAGAAGUGAAGAAAAUGACCACAUCAGGUGUUACACUAAGAGUGGAAACUUGGCUCUUAUCUACCUGGCAUGUGAAAGUGCCAACUCGAUGGCUAGAAGCUUGUAUUGAUUGGAUUGAUAAAGAACAUUAUGGAAGCAAUUUGGCUCAGGCUGCUAUUAACAAGAAAGUUUUUGAGCAAUGGCUUCUUACAGAUCUCCGAGAUCUUGAAUACCCUGUGCUGCCUGAAUUCAUUUUAAAUGAUCCAAAAGGAGAAUUGAAUGGCUUUUAUUCGGUGCAAAUUGAUUCAGUUGUUGAUGUGAGUCAGCCUGCUUAUUCCCAGUUGCAAAAAAUAAGAGGAAAAAGCACUGUAAACGAGGAAGUAACUGCUUAUACACAGAGAACCUUGAGGUCAUGGGAGGAAAAUCCUACUCGAAUGCUUAUGCUACAAAUGACUGAUGGUAUACAUCAUAUCCAAGGUAUGGAAUAUCAACCUAUUCCUCAACUCCAUAGCGGUCUACCUCCAGGUACCAAAGUUAUGAUACAAGGGAAAGUUGCAUUUCGUUUAGGUGUUCUUUUGCUUAAACCAGAAAAUGUGAAAUUAUUGGGCGGUGAAGUUGAUAGCCUUCUAGAGACAUUUGCUUUGGAGAGAGUGCUUGCCAGAUUAAUUGGAGAAGAAGACUGCAGUCCUAACAUUAUCAGGUCUGAUAUUGGCGAAAAUGAAAAUGCAAGGCCUGAUGAUGAAUUAGGGCUUUCUGAUGAAGAGCUUUUGGCAACUCUUGAGGAAAAUGAUGAAAUAAGGAUAAACGAAGUUCCUCCUGAAAGUGGAUACUGUACAAGAAGUACCAGUUCAAAUUCUACAGUGCAUUCUCUUCCUCAGAGCUAUGGGAAUUGCUCACAACAGAGACCUGCGGAGGUAAUUUCAAGAAAUGAAGAAUCACAAACUGUUUCAGUUCUAGAAAAUAUGGAAGGCGAUUUUGAUGGAUUUUCAAUGGAUGAUGACUUGCUUUUAGUAGAAGAGAUCAAGCAAGAACAGAUACAUGUUCUAAACACUAAAUCUAGUAUAAGUAACGAAGCUGUUCAAGAAAAAAAUUCUAGUGAAAGAGCAAUGUAUAAUACAUUUAAAGAAAGCAUGGCAGUUUUUACUACAAAUCAUAAAAGACAAUACCCCCAGAAUUUAGAUGGCAGUAAGAAAUCCUCUAAAAUUUCUAAUGAUGGAGUAAUAGACCUCAAUGCAGAAUUCAGAUUGUGUUCUGAGCAGGUAGAGAUGAUAAAAGUAAAGAAUAAAUGUCAUAAAGUUGAUUUGGAUACGGCUCCUUUUACAUAUCUAUCUGUUCUGUUAAGUAGCAAGUGCAGAGAUAAUACUACUGUGAAAAUCAAAGCAUUUAUAGUAACUCUUACAGGAAAUCUCACAAGCAGUAAUGGCUUCUGGAGUGUAACAGCAAAAAUAUCUGAUGGCACAGCUUAUCUAGAAGUUGAAUUUGCUGAUGAGAUUCUUACAAGCUUAAUUGGCUUUUCUGUGCCUGAAAUGAAGCAACUAAGGAAAGAUCCUGUCCUGUACCCAAAGCUUAAGGAGGGAUUACAGAAUUGUCAAACAGAACUAAUAGAUCUCUGUUGCUUGAUGACUAUUGAAUUUAAUGUUUGCCAGACAAAAGGAACAGUAAUAGUUUUGCAAGAUAUUAAUAUAAAUGAUUUGAAUCACUUAAAAAGACGCUUAUAUAUUUAACAUUUAGCAGCAGUCUAUAAUCUGAAGAAAAACCUGUAUCUUAGACUAGGUGUUGAUUAUGGUAUUACUGUUUGAAUUCAGUUUCAGUUGUAGAAUGGAGAAAUAUUUUCACAAUAGCACAUAUUUUCUUUAAUUCACUCAAAAUAUGUAUUUGUUUUAGCAAUGGUUGAUGUGUUUUAACUAUUUCCUCAAAAUAACAUUUUUUAAACAUGAGGAAAAUAAAAUUAAGAACGUAUUCCUAAGAAUUUUUCAUCCUUUGCACUCUUACAGUGAAUAAAAUGAAGUAUACGUAUUUGGGAUGAACAAGUCAAUCUUCUGUGAUUUUCUUUUUUUUACAGUAUUGACAUGCCAUUUGUAUCCAAUGCAUUUUGAAAAACUUGGAAGUAAUUGAAAUUGUUAAUUUAAAUAUUGCCCCAAUUUUUCAAGUUUGGAAAUUUGAUAGCUCAGUCACUUGUGUACAGUAUUUACAUUGUAUUUAGGUAUUCAUACACAUCUUUAGAAAUAAAAUUUAUUCAAAGUAGCAUGGAGGUGAUUUAUGGAUAAAUCAGAGUGAAGCCAUUUUUACCUGUUAUCUGACAGGAUGUCUCUAACAAAGAAUAUGAUAAAUGAGCCAGCUGCAGGGUCAGUGGAAAGGGUGAGAAUAAUUAGACAUGAUGAGAGCCGGGUUGAGUAUUUAUAAGGAAGAAAACAAAGAUAAUGAAGGGAUGUUUUUAGAUUUGAUUUGCUACUUUAGUACAAAAUAUUCUAUUAUGCUUUUUGGAAGCUUUAUAAAAAGAUUGUUUAUCUAGCAAUUUGCUAUCUACUGUAAUAAAUUAUUUGCACUUUAAAAUAAGUGUAGACUUGAUUUCUCUUUGCAAUAGUGGUUUCUUUUUAAAAAUGAUAUAAAUUAUUUUCUCCUAAAGUUAAUAUAUUUUGGUAGUUGUAUCUUGACUAAGAACAUUAAUAGGAAAUUAAAAUAAAAGCUAUCCUCAGCAGUGUCAUACAUUCUUUUCCAUUUUUAUUCAAGGUAGUUCUCACGUAGCAGUACAAUAGGACUUCAAUUUAAAUGGGAUAAAACUGCAGUUUUAUGAUAAAGAAUUAGGGAUGGGGUUAAAUAGAGACCAGGUAACCAUUGUCUAGGAUAUUAUCUUUUCUAUGGAUUAGAUCUAUGUUUAGUCAAGAAUAGGGAAAACACUUUUAUGUUAUAUAUGGUAUCGAUUUUUUAUAACCUGAUGCCAUCAAAAUGCAUUGGCACCACAACUUCCUGGUAGUUGUCCUAACCCAUUCGGAACACUGGGAAACGUUGCAUAAUUAAUUUUAUGUUGCCUAUAGUCAUUCAAUAUUAAUCCCUAUGCUUUUUAAUUAUUUUUCAGAUACAACAAAAUGUUUAAAUCUAGCAAAAUCUAAUGGAAAAGGAAAAAUGACAAGUAGCUGCACUACAGGUUGCAUAACGGGGUUUCCAAUUGUGAAACUUUCCAUUAAUGUUUUUAUUCCAGGUAUAGUCAUCAAAUUUUAGAAGGACAUCCAAUUUCAUAGUGGGGGCUACCAGCUGGUGAAAUUCUCCAUUAAUGCUAUUAUUAAAGCAAAACAGAACUCUUCAGUAACAAAUGAGAUUGGAGAAUAGCGCUAUUGAUUAUUUUUUAAAAGUAGAAUUGGAAAGUACACUUGAAAAGAGUCCUUGGAACUCUUGAAAAAAUUCUUAGAAUUCUAGAUAAUUUGCUUCUGAAGGACAUCUGUUAACGUAUGUUAAAAAGUUAAAAUGUAUCUUAGUUUCCCAAAGUUAUUUAAUGAAGCUGAAAAAUAAUGGCUUACUUAAGGAAUUCAAAAUAAGGUAUUUCUUACUGCAUAGUAACAAAACUAUUCCCUAAUCUUAGGUUAAUUUUGAAGUGGAAUAGAAUAUUCAGUAUUAGUCAGACCAUACAUACUAGGUUCAAGUAUUUACGUUAAACUUUAAAAGGAUAGUAACCAUUUUAUACUGCAUAGUAGGGGAUACUAACUGGUGAAAAUUCUAGAAACCAGUCCAGAUCUAAGGAUUCUUCCUCUGAAGUUUAAAGGAGGCAGGAUAGCAGAAUUGAGAUGAGCUGAUCAUUUGGAACUGUUUGCAUUAAACUGUUUGAGGAUGGUUUACUAAUCUGUUUAUCAUAAACACCUGUAGUUUGUUAAACAUUUUUCAGGUGCUACAUCAUAACCUGUAAGAAAAAAAAUAAGGAAUUACUAAAUUUUGUUUAGCCUACUAAGCACCACAGUUUGUAGAGGCUACACAUUCAUGCAUAAUAAAUGCUUAA